AUGGCUCGUGGCCACCAGAAGUUUCAAUCUCAACAAAAGAAUUUGAAAAAGCAAGAAGAGAUGAAAAAAUCGAAGGGUAGUGACCAGAAGGCUGCAGCUAUAAAAGCGCUUACACACAAGUGUGUUGUUUGUAUGGCUCUGAUGCCAGACCCAAAGACCUAUAAGCAACAUUUCGAGUCGAAGCACCCGAAAGCUUCUCUUCCACCGGAACUAGUACAAGUCCAGCUGUUUACAGUCUGCAAUAAAACCAUACGAAAAAUGACUCGUGGACAUAUGAAGAUGCAAGCUAAGGCUAAAAAUCUUAAGAAGCAAGAAGCGCUAAAAAAGUCGGUUGGGCACGAUCAGAAAGGUGCAUGUCUCAAAUCGCUCAUCUAUAAAUGUACUGUUUGUAUGACUCAGAUGAUGGAUAAAAGGAGUUAUAAAGAGCAUUUUGAGUCCAAACACCCAAAAAAUCCAUUACCACCAGAACUUGUUGAACAGCCCGAAGGAUCAUAA